AUGUCGUCGCCGCCGCCGCCUAGAUCCACCGGCGAAGAGCCAUCGAUUGAGAAGCCGAAGAAGAAGAGGAAGAAGCCGUCGCCGGCACUCCCCCAGACGCCGGAAUCGACUCUGGUUCCGUCACUUCCUGAUGAUUUGCUAAUAAGCAGCUUCGCACGCAUCUCCAGAUUACACUAUCCGUCUCUCUCCCUCGUCUCCAAGAGCUUCCGAUCUCUCCUUACCUCGCCGGUGCUUUACGAGACCCGAUCCUUACUAGGCCGCACCGAGAGUUGUCUCUAUGUGUGCUUAAAGUUCUAUCCUGACCCAAACCCUCGCUGGUUCACUCUCUGCCGUAGACCCAAUCGAGCGCUAACCAAUUCGACUAGAAAGAAGAAGAAAGAGAAGCCAAGUGGCCAUCUUUUGCUACCAAUCCGAAUUCCCAAUUCUCCUCGAGCUCAUUGGCAAGGAGUGGUUACAAUCGGUUCUAGUAUCUACUCCAUUGGCGGAACAAGCGAGGAUUUGCCUUCUUCUAGCGUAUGGGUUUUAGACUGCCAUUGUCACGUUUGGCGGAAAGCUCCAAGCAUGCGUGUGGAGCGGGCUUGCCCAGCAGCAAAUGUCUUUGAUGGGAAGAUAUAUGUAGCAGGAGGAGUCAACAACUUCAAUUCCUCAAACUGGAUUGAAGUUUUCGAUCCAAAAACCCAAACUUGGGAGUCUCUGUUGUGCCCCAUUGUAGAGAAAUGCAGCGCUAGUGUAGACAAGACCGCGGUGAUUGAUGGGAGAAUCAUUUACAUGUUUCAUAACGAGAGGAGUGUUGUUUACAGUCCAAAAGAAGAUAGAUGGGAAGGGAGAAGAGGACUGGCUAUGACUAUUUUGGAUUUAGGAUGGGCAUCGUAUUCUUAUUGCGUGGUCGAUAACGUACUCUGUUGUUUUGAGAUUUCAGCUGCACUCAAAUGGUUUGACUUUAAGCGACAAUACUGGAUAGAUAUUGAGGGAUUGAAAGGACUGCCUAAGCUUGCUGGUUAUAGCUGUGUUAAGAUGGCGAAUUAUGGUGGGAAGCUGGCUGUUUUCUGGACCAAGUAUCACCGUGCUAGCGGAUAUAAGGAGAAGAGGAUUUUUUGUGCUGUGAUUGCAAUUGAGAGACGCAAAAGUGAUGAUGAUGAUGAUGAUGAUGAUGAUGAGGAGGUUUGGGGGACGGUGGAGUGGAUUGAUCCUCUUCUUACAGUUAACUCUUCUAGAUUCGAGUGUGCACUUGCUGCUAUUGUUUGA